AUGGCGACGGAGAUGGAGCCAAGCGACGAGCAUGUCGUAUCUUUUGAAAACAUUGACGACUCACAACAACAGUUAUUUGCAGAAACGAAGCCGAGUUUAGAGUUCUUAAAUGAUACUAAAUCCAUAAGCCCGGAUACCGGCAAAAGGAAACGUAUACAACACAAUUAUAAGCGGCUCUCAAGUUCGGGAUACCUCGACGAAGUGUACGCUGACGGACGACGGCGAUUUUCGAGUACAGCGAGUGAAUCAGAGUUGUCACCGUCGCCUCCGAAACACAAAGCGAGACGAAAAAUGUUGAAUAAUUCUGAUCAGCUGCAUUUUGACGGAGGUGAUCCAGAACCAAAAGAAAAUGAACCUGUCCUAAACAACAAUGGAUAUUUAGCACCUCAAAUAAUCAUAAAGAAAGUGAAAGAACCCAAGCCUCGGUUGAAGAAACAUAGAAGUAGGAAGAAAGACGUUCGCCACCAGGAAACCCAGACUGUAUCAUGUUCAGCUACUACCAUUGUAGAUUCCAAAAGAUGUGAUAACUUGCACAUGCUACAAGAAACUAAAUCAGAGAAUCUUCACAUUCAAGAUGAUUCUAAAUUCUCAAAGUAUAUGCACAUUGUGAAAGACUCAAAUGGUGGAGCACUUGUGUUGCAUGCAUAUUCUGAGGAAAUUGCACAUUUACAGUAUGAGGAACUUGAGGAGUUUGCUGAUGAGUUUGUCAGGUUAUCGUUCUCCGAAGUGUCGCCUGGAGUGUCCCGUUUUGUUAUGAGCAUUGUGCAUGGAUCAGCUGCAUACCUGCCAGACUUGGUAGAACAUUUUACUUAUCACUACCCCAAUAUCAAAGUGAAAACUGAACUCAUUGGUAAGAAGUCAGACCUCAUAUCAACCACAAUGGAAGAGUUUCACAAAGAGGUUCAUAGGACAUACAGCAAUGGCACUUAUCGCUCAGGACCCAUGCUGCAAGUUAGUUUAGUUGGAACAGUCAGUGAAGAAGUUGGGGGGUAUUAUCCUGAAUUUCUCGACAUACUUGAACAGAAUCCAUUUAUUAAAAGAACAGUGCCAUGGAGUAACUUGUCAAUAUGUAACAUACCAAGGAAUCGUAGUAAUGAUGGGCCUAUUUUGUGGGUAAGGCCUGGUGAACAGAUGGUACCUACAGCUGAGAUGCCAAAAUCACCUUAUAAACAGAGGAGAAGGUAUGACACAGACAGACUAGUAAAAGAUGUGGUGUGUUUUGAUGCUGCCAAUUUCCAUGCUGUAGUAGAAGAAUUACAGUUGGAUCUUCAUGAACCCCCUAUGUCACAGUGUGUGCAAUGGUUAGAGACUGCCAAAUUGAAUCAUCUGAGAAGGGAAGGUGUUAAAUAUGCAAAGAUUGGUCUCCGAGACAAUGAUGUAUACUUCAUACCACGCAGUAUCGUCCAUCAGUUCCAAACCACUUCAGCCUGUACCAGCAUUGCUUGGCAUAUUAGACUUAAACAAUACUAUCCAGAGUAUACCGAAGAGGAGGAAGAUGAGCAGGACAAAAUGGAAGUGGCAGAAAAGGGAGAAGAGAUAGCAGCUGUAGUGGAAAAGGAGGAUGAAAGCAAUGAGAUGGAAGUUCAUGUGACAGAUAACUUAUCUACUGAGUCACAUUUGCAGGCAGUAUCUCAGCCAGUUGAGUUUUCAGAGUCUUCACCAGAAGUUGAUAAAACUUGCAAUGAUGAAGUGGCAGAAGUUCAACCGACUGCAAAUAAUGAUCUUAAGUUACAGAUCGAUGUAAAAGAAGAAGUAUUCGAAGAAGGCCACACAACAAAGACAGACAUGUAAUUUUGCAGUUUUUAUAGUAUUUAUUGCAAUUCAUGAUUUCCACACCUAGAAUUAAUUACAAAAUGACAGUAUUUCAAGAGUAAGAUCUAUACCAGAAUAUUCAAAUUCACCUGUAUUGAGGUUACAAAAAAUGCUCAUUUUCUCAUUUGUAGCAAUUGAACUCAGGUUUGCUCCAGCCCUAUGUUCAGAACAUCUAUAUGUUUAAUCAGCAUGUAGCAUGUAGAAUCUACACUACU